AUGUCUGAAUAUCUUGGAUGGAGAAACCGAAAGCCGGGGCCUGGAAGAGACCGCUCGUCAGACUUUGACCGAGACGUUAUUCCUGGUGGAGCACAUACAAAAAGUUACGAAAGCUACGUCAGGAACAUUUUCCAUCCGACGAAUCGUCUGAAGCCAAGAGACAAGGAACAACUUGUUCGUGAUCACGGACUCUCUGCCACAAGUAUUUUAAGAGCUGAACGUGAGUUCGGAAAGCAUGCUCUUGACGAAAAGUACGACAGAGAGCACUUCUUCGAGAAGAUGCCUCUUGAGAAUCUCUAUCAAGAGCUGGGAAUCAAAAAUCCAGCGUCUACAAACUACCGCAGUUUCCAAGUCUACGAACCAAAGUCUUCGUCAGAAUACUUUGCAGCAACUUAUGAAGCUGAACGAGAGAGAAGGAAGAAGGAUUUGGAUAGAGAGUUAGCUUCAUAUGAUAAGGAAGAGUAUGAAGAGUACACUGGAGAGCCGAAGAAGAACUUGUAUUCGUCGUUGUCUAGUUAUAGAGCACCAUUGAGCAGCUACAAAACUCGUGCAGAUGAAGAAUAUGAGAAGAACAACACAACCACUUUGAUCGACUACAAGGAUUUCGCCAGCUCUCCACUGUCUCCAUAUCUCUACCAAUCCCACCCAUACGUCCGCAGCCAGGACUCCAGAAUCAUCGGAUCCAAUUUCGUGCAACUAACUUCCCGCCCGAAAGAUAAGUUCCUCUCGAAAAUUGACGAAACUCUGGCCAUGGUCCGUGAUAUGCCAAGAUAUUAG